UCGCGUUUAACUAAGUAUGCUUGUGUACAGCAAAGAUGAAAUAGGACGGUUGAUCAUAGUGUAGUAUAAUUGCAUAAAGAGGCUUAUUUGUGACGAUUUGAAAAAGAAAACGCACUUUUUCAUAAUAUCUAGAUAAUCGAGUGAUGAGGCCAUGUAUUUGUGUAGUGGGUUCAAUUAUUGUUUACUAUCAUAAAUAAUUCUAAAUGUAAAAUUAAAAGUAUUGCCACAUAUACAUCAACUAUGAUCAAGUUUUACAAUAGAACGCAUCGAAGCAUUCGACAACAUACUGUUAGCGAUACAAAUGCUUCAAAGACUACAAACGUGAUAAACGUGUUGCUGUGGCUGGGGCUCUUAAUAAACACAUCCUGUGUGGAAUGUGCGCGCGAUCUUCGAAAACAAACAAAUCUGGAAGUUAAAGUCGGGUCGCAUGUUGUCUUCAAUUGUUACAUAGAUUUUCCAUAUGACUCACCCAUACCAUAUGUGGUCCACUGGAGCAAAGAUAAUAAAAAAAUUUUCACUUGGUAUGAGGGAGAAACGUCUACCAGUGAGCUCUUCAACGGUCGCCUGCACCUGGUCAGUGGCCACCCGGACUACGGAAAAGCAUCGGCAAACCUUACAUCUAUACGAGAAUCUGACCAAGGCUUAUACCACUGCCAAAUUAUAUUUCCCAAUCGUACACCAAGUGUACGUAACAACGGCACCCAAUACCAAUUGGUAGUUCAGGGAUCGCUUAUUAAAAUACCCCCUGUCAAUCAAACGAUCAUGGAGGGCCAGACAGCAUUCUUUCAUUGCGUGAUGAAAUAUGCGGAUACUUCAAAGGUAGCAUGGUACAAAGAUGGUUUGCUUUUGCAAGAGGUACCUGACUUGGUGCGGCGCUCUUUUAUUGGACCCGACGGCAGUUUAAGCAUUGAUCCCACCAUGAUGAGUGAUCUUGGAGAGUACGAAUGCCGAGUCCGCAAUUUGGAGGGCGAGGUGCAACUGGCCAAGGCUUUUCUUAACAUACAAUAUAAGGCCAAAGUUAUCUAUGCACCACCCGAGGUGUACCUUCCAUUUGGACAGCCAGCGGUGCUUGAUUGCCAUUUUCGUGCUAAUCCACCGCUCAAAAACCUGCGCUGGGAAAAGGAUGGCUUGCUCUUUGACUCUUACAACGUCCCGGGCGUUUUUUACAAGAUGAACGGCAGCCUCUUCUUCUCCAAGGUGGACGAAAAUCAUGCGGGAAGUUACACAUGCACUCCAUACAAUGACCUCGGAACUGAUGGUCCAUCGCCCAUCAUCAGCGUUAUUGUCUUGCGUCCACCCAUUUUUAGCAUUACACCAAAGGCAAUUUAUAUACAGAAAUUGGGCGAUACCGCAGAGUUUCCAUGCGAAGCUAUUGACCGAGACGGAAACAAUCGACCAUCUAUUGUGUGGAAGCGGAAAGAUGGGCAGCCCUUGCCCAUGGAACGUUACAGUCUAAGCGGCGGCAAUCUGACGCUCACGAAUUUAGUUGAAACAGAUCGGGGAAUGUAUGAGUGUUCGGCAACCAAUGAAGCUGCAACCAUAACGACGGAAGCUGAGUUAAUGAUUGAAAACAUAGCACCACGCCCUCCAUACAAUUUGACUUCAAAUAGCACAGAGACAUGCAUUACCAUUCGUUGGUUGCCAGGCUACCUGCGCCCCAAUCUUGAAUACACUAUAUGGUACCGAUUGAUAGACACGCCCGAAUGGCGUACCAUGCGCGUACCAGAGAAAAACAUUAUGGAAGCGACCGUACAGCAUCUUUUGCCUGGACGAGAGUACGAAUUUAUGGUUCUGAGCCAGGAUAGAUAUGGCGACGGUAUGUUUAGCAAGCAGUUUCGAUUUUCUACGCAACAAUUGGCACUGCUCGAGGAUGACAACAAUACUAACAUCGAAAAAACGGAUCAGCACCAUAGUUAUUGGGGAGUGAACGCACCAUGGAAUCUAAGUGCAACACAAAAUUCUCAAGGUUGGCUUCUACAUUGGGAGCAUAUAGUCACCCAUCAUCUUUAUGAAGUGAAGUGGUGGAAGGAACCGGAGCACUUCCUUAUCGGCACUGCAGAAACUUUCGAUAAUUUUUAUCAGCUACGGCACCUUAAGGAGGAUACUUCCUUCAAGAUACAAGUUUUGGCCAUUACAACAAACGAAGACUAUAUAUCUAGCGCUGAUCUACUUAUUAAUGUUCCGUCGCAGCGAAAGAUGCGUGCUUUCGUUAUCGGAAGCUCAGUUGGAAUAAUAUUUUUACUUUGCGCACUUUGCGCUUUUUUAUACGUGAAACGUAGCUGCCUUCUGCACCUUUUUGCACGUGGACGUGAGGAAACAAGCAUUGACGAGGACACUGCGGAGAGCGGUGACAGCGAGCAUGAGCGCGAUACUAAAAAGAUUACUGAUUCUUCAUGAGUAUUUGGGAGUUGCUGGAUAUUUGGGAAUAAGCGAUUUGAUGGAAGCAUUUGAACGUUAAGCUAACAUUGGAAUAUAAAAGUUUUCUUUACUUGUAUGUAAAAAGUCUUAAAGUUCUAAAUUUAGUUCCUCUAAGACAAACAUUAGAUAUCAUUAUUGAGAAAAAAGACUCAAGCUCCGUUGUAGAAGACCUCAGAAAAACAGCCAAUACAAAAACCGAAACAUAUAUGUAUGUACGAGUAAGGUGUGCCUACCUAAGAACCAACUAAAAUAUGGAAUACUAAUUUAAAAUACAUUUUCCAAUAUUUUUGCACGCUAAUGAUAAAUAAAUGGUCAAUAACUUA